AUGGUCAAGACCAAGGUCGUGACCCAGAAUGACAUGAAAAUCGGCUUGAUCGGAGACGAAGAUACUGUCACUGGAAUGCUUCUGGCCGGUGUUGGUCACGUAGAUGGACAAGGCAAGAAGAACUUUCUCGUAGUAGACUCGAAGGUGCACAUCAAGGACAUAGAAGACCAUUUCAACGACCUAACGACGAGAAAGGACAUUUCUAUGAUCCUGAUCACCCAAGACAGUGCGGAGCUGAUCCGACGAGCGGUGGACGAGUUCGCGAACAGCGGGCAGAUGGUUCCUACCGUCUUGGAGAUCCCUUCCAAGGAUACUCCUUACGAUGCGCGAAAGGACGGC